AUGUCGAUGAAGAAGAGAAGCCUUUUCGGAAAAUUGAUGAAGCUUGUUGGAAAAGGAAAUCAAGUUCAAUCAUCAAAACCAUGCCUUGCCCAGAUUUACGAAGAACGUAAGAAGCAACGACAACGUUCUUCUCUAUCAUCUCAUUUGUCACACAUCGAGCCUAUGCCUACGAUUCAAGAGGAAGAUGAGGACAACCUUUUCGUGGUCGAGGAUGUUGUCCACGUUUAA